AAUUUUCUAAAUCUUCAAACUCUCUUUUUUCUAGCACGAUCUCAAGGAUGUCAGGAAGAGGAAAGGGAGGUAAGGGACUGGGCAAGGGCGGUGCGAAGCGCCACCGUAAGGUCCUCCGCGAUAACAUUCAGGGAAUCACGAAGCCGGCGAUUCGGCGUCUUGCUCGUAGGGGAGGAGUCAAGCGUAUCAGUGGCCUAAUCUACGAGGAAACUCGGGGAGUCCUGAAGAUUUUCUUGGAGAACGUGAUUCGCGAUGCCGUGACCUAUACAGAGCACGCCAGGAGAAAAACUGUGACUGCCAUGGAUGUUGUUUACGCACUGAAGAGGCAGGGAAGGACUCUGUAUGGAUUCGGUGGAUAGAUGGUUUUAGACUUUAGGGUUGUAAAAGUUGGUGUCGGUGGGGAUUUGAAGUCUUGCGGUCAAGAAUGUUUGAGCUUGGUUAAAGAAUUAGGGUUUGUAAUUAGAGAUUUUCAUUGGAUUAUCAGGAAUUAUGAAUUGGGUUUUGUUGGUUUCAUCUAUGAUUUGUAAUCCGUGACCUCGAUUGCAAAUUUUAAUGAACUUGAAUUUGAAUUAUUUUGCUUUUAA